CACAGUAAAAUAAGAAAAUAAAAAGAGUCAUUAAAAAAAACCUUUAAAAAGAGAGAGAGAGGAGGUCGUAGCCAGAGAUACUCUCAUUUUAGUGGCAGUAACCUGGUAUAUGUGAGCGAGUAGUGCCGGCUCAACUUCAUUGUAAUGGUGUGAGCAUGAACACGCAGUAACAGAUCGUACUACAUCCCUCUCCCUCACUCUCGAAAAAACCCAUUUGAAACAAAUACAAAAUCCUUCUCCACUUCUCCUUCACAAAACCCAAAUCCCAACAAUAUUAACAACAAACGAGAUUAAAAAAUAUGCGACCUUAAAUUCUUCAUCACCCAGAAAACAUACCCUGAGUACUGUGUGAUUUGUUUUUUUUUUCCCUAAGUGCAUAUUUGGCUUUUUCAAAUAGAUUUCUGCUGUGGGUGUGGGGGUUUUUUUUUAACAAAAGUUUGUCUUUGUAAAAGUAGCUAGACAGAUAUAUUGCUUAUAUAUAUAUUACAUAUAGGUGCAUAUUGUGUCUGUGUACAUUUGAUGAUGAUGAUGAUGAUGUAUAAACAACAAUCCGAGAGGGAAAAGAAGGUUAUGGAGAAGAUGAGGAAGAGAGAGGAAGAGCUGUUGAAUGGAGGAGGACUGAAUGGGUCAUAUUUGAGGCUUCUUCAUAAGAAGUCACUUUUGAGUGGUUCUCCUUUGAGUGAUACUAGUGUAUCAUUGCAAUCAUCACCUGAGUUUUCUCCUUCAAGCUCUUUCUCAAAUGGGUUUUGCUCUUCUGAGGAUGCUUCAGGCUCACCAUUUGCAACAGCACCUCCUCUUUCUCCUCCUUUAUUUGAAGAGGCUACGUGUCAUCAAUCACCCAGUUACCUUUACUUUAAUGGACUGAGUUUCGAUGAUUCUAAAUCACCUCAUAACAUCAAUGAUUUGUCUCAAGAUUUUGUUAGAAUGAAUAUUAGAGAGGAACAAAAUGGCGGUGUUAAAAUGAAGGGAUUUGAGAUGGACCCCCAUGGUGAUGGUUUUGGUUUUGGUGAUGUCGGUGUUGAUGGUUCUCUGGGUGUGGGUAUUUUACCAUAUAAUGUUAAAAACCAUGGCUCUUAUGGUGGUUUAAACAAUGGGGAUUUUAGCAAUGGUGGUUGUGAUUCGGAAAGCUUUCAAUCAUCUACUCGUGGAGUUUCUUUGAGUUGUAAUGAUGUUAUGGGAUGUAGAUUUAAUGGAUUUGAAAAGGGUGGUUUUGAUUCAGUGGAGUCUUUUCCUGCCCAUAAUCACCAGUCCGAUGAUUUUUGUCCUGGCUCUAGGUGGUUUAAAAACCAGAGCGAUUAUUUUUUGGAGCAGAGCAAAAAACAGGGAAAAUGGAGAUAUGAGGGGACUCAUCAAUCGCAGAACCCAUUUAGCACUAGACCUUUCAUUAACGACGCUCUUGUUGGCCCUCAGCAAUAUAAAAUGGAUUCUAAUGGAGGCAGGGUUGCCAUGGAUUCAUUGAGUUACUCUUUGUUGAAUGGUCAUGAUCGAUUGGGUAAAAGUCUGCUGUUAAAAGGAAGGACUAUACCAAGCACUCGCGACGGUGUUCCUCAGUCUCUCAUGUCUAAGAAAGGUGCAGGGGAUAUGGAAAGUCUUUGCCGCGAGGAUAGUUUCAUUUUACAAGGAAGAGGUCUCAAUCUUGCCAGCCAUAGAGGACAUGAUGCUUUGAGAGAUCACAAUAAGAAUCACUUCAAUGAGAUUGCUGUGCGGAACAUGCAGGGGGAAAGCAUUAAACCAGAUGAUUGUUCUCUUCAUGAAGGAAUACGUGAAAAUGGUCGGAGACUAGGUAGUCAUAGCCCAUUGCCAAUGGCUCCAAGUUUUACUUCCUUGAAUGAGUUCCGGGGUUAUGUAUACUUAAUGGCACAAGAUCAGAAUGGUUGCCUUUUCUUACAAAAGAUUUUUGAAGAGGGAACAAGCCAAGAUGUUGAACUAAUAUUUGAUGAACUUAUUGGCCAUAUUGUUGAACUCAUGUUGAAGCCAUUUGGCAAUUAUGUCGUCCAGAAGCUAUUGGAUGUGUGCGAUGAAAAACAUAGAUUGCUGAUAGUGCGCAUGAUCACCAAUGAGCCCGGAAUGCUUGUUAGAAUUUGCUUAAACACAUACGGCACACGAGUAGUGCAGAGGUUGAUCGAGACUCUCAAAACCAGGCAGCAGAUUUCUUCAGUAAUAUUGGCCCUGAAACCUGGUGUGCUUGAUCUUGUCAAGGAUCAGAAUGGAAAUCAUGUUAUUCAGCGUUGUUUGAACCUCCUGAGCAAUGAAGAUAACAAGUUCAUUUUCGAUGCCGUGACAAAGUUUUGUGUUGAGAUCGCUUCUCAUCGUCAUGGAUGCUGUGUAAUGCAACGAUGCAUUGCACAUGCCACUGGAAAACAUUGGGAUAAGUUAAUGACUGAAAUUUCUAGAAACGGACUUCUUCUUGCACAAGAUCCUUUCGGAAAUUAUGUUGUUCAAUACAUCAUGGAUCUAAAGAACCCAUGUAGCAUUGCCAUCUUGCUUUCUCAAUUGAAAGGGAACUAUGUGCACCUCUCCAUGCAAAAAUUUGGCAGCCAUGUGGUUGAGAGGUGCCUUCGGCAUUUUGAAGAGAGCCGGUCACAAAUUGUUCUUGAACUGCUCUCAGUGCCUCGCUUUGAACAGCUGCUGCAGGAUCCAUUUGCCAACUACGUCAUUCAAUGUGCUUUAUCAAUUACGAAGGGUGCUCUUCAUUCUUUACUGGUCGAAGCAGUCCGACCACACUCAACGUUACGCACCAGCCCGUAUUGUAAGAGAAUCUUCUCACGAAACCUGUUGAAAAAAUGAUGUAUAUGUAUCUGUAGGAAGAAGUGUGGCUCAUUCAGGGCUACAACCUUGUUCACUACCAGUAAGUUUUGUUAGGACUGCAAGAUGUUGAAUGCCAAUCACAAUUUGCUUCUGCGAUCCUGGUGACAAGCGCACAACUUUGGCUCUUUGGAAGUGCAUGGCCUCCAAGAUUCUGAGAGUGCAAACGGAAAGUUGUCUUCCUAAGUUUAUGAUGCAGAUAAAACUAUGUAUUAUUUUGUUGUCCUGUUGCUGUCUAGUUCAUUCAAACAUAGAUUGUAAUAUAUGUCACAUGGUAAGAACUUGGAGUUUCAGUUUCCAAAGUUUUGUGACUUGGGGAUGGCCGGAUUACCUUCCUGUUGUCUGUCAUCUUUGUUUGUUAGGUCAGAUACGUUGAUGCGCUCCAUCUGUGUAUUCUGUUUUGCACGACAGUUUGGAAUGCAUGGAUGAUGUUAUUAAUGUUGAUUUUUGAAUAUGAAAAUGAGGUGGCCGGGUGCUU